AAAAUGCGCUUGCAACAUUUUAUUCUUAGAUUGUCGGCGGUAUCGCUUUAUCACAGAAUCGCUUUUCGGCAUCAUGUUCGCUGGUACCAUAUACGACUUUUUCACAGCUAACCCUUUACUUAUUGACAAUAAAUGAAUGGGAUAUGAGAUGUUGCUCCGGUUCUCCAGAAACCCUCCAAAUAGCUCAGGGUAAACUGUUUAUACUAUGGAAUAUAGUUCUUGAAAAAUAUUUAGCUUUAUUUGAUACGAUUUUCUUUGUGCUACGCAAGAAGCAAAAUCAGAUAUCAUUUCUUCAUGUUUACCAUCACAUUGUCACUUGUUUACUAGUUACCUGGAUUGGGGCAGCACCUGACCUAAGUGCAGUUUUUGCUGGUGAUUGCGUAUAUAAUUAUAUCCGUUGGUACCGGCUGCGAGAAGAUGACGAAUCUACAGACAUUUUAUGUUUUUUUCGUCGUCAGCAUUCUUGUUCUCUUCAUCAUUUUCUAUAGAAACUCCUUCAAAAGAAAGAAGAUUGAAUAACGCACCAAUAAACAAG